CAUCAGUUUGGGUUGUCUUAGAACUAUAGGAUGAGUAUGAUGCUAUAUUAGCUAAUUCCAUACGAGCUGAAAGGGGAGCAUGGACAGGAUUUCGCGGACCAAACGGAGCCCACCUAAGCAGGGUCUUUUUACGACGCACCCAAUCUGGUAUAGGGUUUAAGUGGGAUUUUGGCCAUUGAAUCGUCGCCCUUGGAGGUGGUGGAACACCGCUAUCUGCGAAGGUGCAUGAGGCGUUGUAAAAAUGGCAGCUGGAAUUGCUUCAAUGUGUAUGCCUGAUUUGGCCCGCUCCAGACUUCUGACGGUCACAUCGUUGAAAUCCCCCCCAUGCAUUUCUUUCCGGCUACUCAAGGACCCAGCAUCCCGAGGGCUUUUAUCUUGUUCAACCUCUCUGCUGCAAUUCCAGAACUUGAGCUACACUGCACCCCGUGCAAUAAAUUCAGCUUUAGGACCUAUGGAGGGCCCUGAGAAAUUCAAUUUCAGCCAGGCAGCUGAUGCAGCGAAAAAUUUGUGGGAAGGUUGCCCCCAACCUGUGAAGAUUUUUCCGUGGAAGAAAGCUCUUGUCAGCUACUUGAACCUUAUCUUUGGACUUGUUUAUGGAGUGGUUAAGUACCUUUCUAUACCUUUGCUGGCUAUUUCAUCACUAAGUGAGAUGUCAUACUGUGCACAUGAGAAGAAAAUGAAACUUAUACCCAUACCCCUAUUAGCUGGAGCUGUUAUGGCAGGAAUUUUGAAGAAUUCGAUGGUUGAAGCCUCUCAGGACCUCGAGGGGGGAGAUUUUCCAUGGCAUUUGUUGGCAAUAGCGGUCUUCUUUCUGUUUCUCAAGCUACUUGGACCGUAUUAUCCAUACUGGGGACGCAUAUUUAUCCCCCACUUUGCUAAUGGUGGACUGUGGAGAGUACUUUGGUUCACAUUCAUCUGGUACAGACAGCCUCGAGAAUCAUCAAAGAGAAUGGACAUAUCUCUGGGAAAUAACCAGUCGUUGUAGAAGAUGCUAGUUGGCCGUCUUGGUUCCAGUGCAGGUUUUGUUAAUGACAGCGUCAUCCAGAGUAGUCAUUGUACCUAAUCGCAUAAUCUUUUUCUUCCAUUUCCGUUCCUCGUUCUGCCUGCUGUCUUUUCAAUACAUGAGAAAGGGCGUGAAUUAUAACCUUUCACAUUGCCUGGGGGCAGAGUAGCUGAAGGGGUUCUUGGAGUUUCAUGUAUCAGCUCUUACUGAAAUUUAAGAUGAUCAUAUGGGGAGCUUGAUGAGGAAGCCGAAUGGUGCAGAUAGAUGUUAACGGACAGGUUAACUUCAUGUUCUGUAGUUUGCUUUCCAGUGUGGCCCUUGAGGUCCUCUCUUUCUAAAGGGAAUUACACCUAGCUUAA